GAACAACUAGAUCCAUUUAGCGAUGAAGAUGAGACUAUAGAUAAAACUAGAUUGAAAAGAGAAAAAACAGAAAGCACUGUCAACUCGUUAUAUACUCAGCAAGUAAUCCCUCCAAAAAAGUCUAAAAUGGUGACACUCAGUCUUGUCUCAUAUGGACUAGAGGAUGAAGAGGAAGACACUCAUCAAGGUUCUGAUUUGGAAGAUAAAGAAGGAAGCCAAACUUCUGCUUACUCUAUAUCCAAAUCACGUCUCCUUAGGGAUGGUGCAUUUGUAGAAACUUUUUUUCAACCAUCUGAAAGUGAUGGCAAUGACAGCUCCUCACCAGAUUUAUCGUCAACUCUUCCAUUUUAUAAAUCAUCUGAGCCACCAACUAUAAUGAGUCAGAGCUUUUUACAGAAUCAUGCGAAUUCUCCGGUGAACGUAUCCUCAGGGCACCAUACUUUCUUGGCCUCUGAAACAAAUUUACCUGAUACUGAAUCCAUAAGAGAUAUUCAAAAUGAAAAAAGUUUGUCUCAAGAUAUUCCGGAUAAAGUUCUAGUACCCAGCGAACUAGUCGUACCCAUCGAAACCGAGAAUCGCUCUUCUAUGAUUGAGCGUCUCAUGGGAGAGGUACAAAUGCCAUCCGAACCAGCCGGGCACUGCGGCAUGGAACUUCAGGAGAAGGUUGAACGCGCUGUAAGACGGAUGCAUGUAGAUAUUACUUACGAUCCAAACUAUACUAUUCAGGCUAACAAGGCAUUCAGAAAUCCCAGGUGA